GGUCUCACUAUAUAAACUCGUGUCCUCUGCCUUCUCUCCUCACUAUGAACUAGCCUUUUGGGAGAGAGAUAAAAAAAUCCAAACCCUAAAAGCACAUCCUAAACCGAUUGAUUGGCUCUUUUUUGUGAAAUUAUUUUCAUUUUCAUGGAAGAGUUAAACAGCAAGAAGCGAGUUAGAGAUGAAUCGGCCGAGUUGGACCUGGACUUGUUCGAGGUGAAGAGACUCAGAGAUGAUUUAUUAGAUUUUCUGGAUGACUCUGAUUCUUUGCCUAUUAAUCAAGACCUCGCAUCGGUAAUGAAGAGUUUCGAAGAUGAGAUAUCGGCGUCGGCAUCGGAGCCAGUCGUCGCACUGGCUACGGAUUCCGGCGAGUCUCAACCGGAUCUUGGUUACCUUUUGGAGGCCUCCGACGAUGAGCUUGGUUUGCCUCCUCCUACGGUUACUACAACUGGUGGUGAGGAGGUAAGGAGCGAGGUGGCUGAGUUACCGCGAGUCUUCUCUGACUCGUCCGGUAUCGGUGAGUUGUGGGGGUUUGAGGAUCAGAUCCCUAACUAUGACUCAUUCGAGUUUGGAAUUGAAGAUAAUUACAGUGGUGAUAACGUUGUGUAUGAUGGGCUGUUCGAGUAUCCCGAUGUUUAUUACGAUUCCUCCGAGUUUUCUGGUUUGUUAUGGCGGCCGGAAACUCUUUCGGCGGAGUAAAAAUUGCAAACGUAAAAUUAAAAAAAAUUACAGCCAUCGAAAGAAAAUAUAAUUCUGUUCCAAAUGGAACACAAGGCAUAGCCUAUCUGUAAAUUCUUUUUUCUUUUUUGGUUUGUUGUAGUACUAUUUUUUUAUUAAAAAAGUUAAAAGAUACGAAGUAGGUAGUAGAAAUUUAAAAUCAGAGAAUCCCUGGAUGGAAUGACUGAUCCUUAUGAGCCUAAACAAAAUGACAUUCGAUUUGGUUAAUGGUUUCCUUGCGGAUGGGAUUAGAUGUCCGUGACUCUUUUGCA